GCCCGGCCGGGCCCUGGCGCGCAGGCGCCCGGGAGGCCGCGUUGUGGGGGGAGGCGGCGCUGCGCCCGCGGCACCCGAGGCGGGAGAUUCCCAAGCGGCGAGAGCGGAUUUGUCACUUUGGGAUCCAUGGCUUUCUUCCCUAGGCUCGGGUCCUUCGCCUGUGUAAGCAGAGCCCGGAGCCAGCGCUGUUUCAGCACCGCCGGGAGCCUCAGCGCCAUUCAGAAGAUGACACGCGUCCGUGUGGUGGACAACAGUGCCCUGGGGAACACCCCCUACCAUCGCCCUCCUCGCUGUAUCCACGUCUACAACAAGAGCGGGGUGGGCAGGGUGGGCGACCAGAUCCUCCUGGCCAUCAAGGGGCAGAAGAAGAAGGCGCUCAUCGUGGGGCAUCGCAUGCCUGGCCCCCAGAUGAGCCCCAGGUUCGACUCCAACAAUGUGGUACUCAUUGAGGACAAUGGGAACCCCGUGGGGACCCGAAUUAAAACACCCAUUCCCACCAGCCUACGCCAGAGGGAGGGCGAGUACUCCAAGGUGCUGGCCAUCGCCCAGAACUUUGUGUAAGCAGAGCCCAGGCCUCUGGCGGCAGGGGCUCACGAGGGAGCGGGGCAGUUCUGGGAGCCUUGGCUGGGCUAGAGGGCGCCUGGGGCCACACGGCCGUUCCUCUCAGGCAGGGUAGCUGUCCUUCUAGCGAAUAAACAUUUUGUGUCUGUCUUCUUA